AUGCUUGUGUCCAUCGAACAGCUUAAAUCUCUUGAAGAGAUUCAUUUGGAUGAGAACCAUCUUAGUGGCUCAAUUCCUUCAUCCAUUACAAACUUGAGCAAGUUAACUUAUUUGGCACUUCAGAGAAACAAAAUAGUUGGGUCCAUCCCCAUUGAGAUUGGGCUGCUUCAAUCACUCACUACCCUUUAUUUGGAUGAUAACCAACUUACUGGUUCAAUUCCUAUGUCCACUGGAAACCUAACCAAGCUAACUCAUUUGGGACUUAGUAAAAACAAACUAGUUGGGUCCAUCCCCAACAAGAUUGGACAGCUUAAAUGUCUCACUUCACUAUAUUUGUUGGGUAACCAUCCAAUUGGCUCCGUACCUGUGUCCAUCAGACAGCUUAAAUCACUUGAAGAGAUUGACUUGGAUGGUAACUAUCUUAGUGGUUCAAUUCUUGCAUCCAUUGGAAACCUUACAUCCCUCGCCAACUUCAGUUUGUUCACUAACAACAUUACAGGAUCCCUUCCUCCUUAA